AUAGUCUGCGUAAUACGCUGCUCAACUGCACGCACGCGCUUAUCAGCAGAAGAUCCUGAAUGCUCGUAUCAUAUAUAACACAAACAGCUCACUCCACGGGCAUGUGUGCUUUUUUCCGCCAUUUCUGGAAUUAAGUGGGAGAGUGACGAGGAAAAGUAGGGUGUAACAUACAUUUUAUAAGCAAGGAAUAUCUGUAUGUUUGUUAGAUAAAUUUGGUUCGUAGAAAAAUAAAUGUUUUUUACGUACUGAUUUGUUCUUAAACUCAAAGAGGAUAUCGAUUUUCUGAUUUAGCGUGAGUCAGCUUGUUUACACAUCCCGGAGCAGCAAAGCCCUUUACCUCUGUCAAGUGCGGUGUAGACGUGUUUGUAAGCCUUGGCCGUUGUUCGCUUGAGCUAUCUUCAGUGGAACUAAUGUUCAGAAAAACAAAGAUUUGUUAAACUCUGCUUGGCUUGAAGAGAGGAACAGUCAGUUUUACUACGACCAGCUGAUCAUUCCGUCAAGUCUGUAUACAGUAGCUGUGUCUGUUAUUCAGCUUAUGGGAGGGUUAGAAGAUGGAGAAUAAUGACAGUGAACAGCAGAGUAAACGCCCUGGUACCAGAGUUUUUAAGAAGAGCUCCCCAAAUGGAAAGAGAGACCUUAAGUCUGGAGUGACAGUGGGAAUACCUAAUCAGCGAGUUAUGACAGGUAAAUCAGUAAUCACAAGGUUCUAUCAAACUCUUAUUGGACAACCAUUUCACUUCCUAACGUAUGGCGUGAUUUUAGUGGAUCCUGAAUACUUGAAGGAGCGUAAGGUGUUUGGACAUGUUUUGGCAGCCUUUCGAUAUGGCAGAGAGGACUUGGACGUCUUAGGACUGACAUUUCGAAAGGACUUGUACUUAGCUUCUUCACAGAUAUAUCCCCAAGAAGAAGCGGCUGAAACAAAACAACCAUUGACACGGCUUCAGGAAAGACUCAUUAAAAAACUAGGGCCAAAUUCUUACCCCUUUUACUUUGAGCUUCCCCCCCAUUGUCCUGCAUCAGUCACCCUCCAACCUGCACCAGGGGACACUGGGAAACCAUGUGGAGUGGAUUAUGAAUUGAAAGCGUAUGUUGCUGAUAAUACAGAUGAAAAACCUCACAAAAGGAACUCUGUAAGGCUGGCUAUUCGUAAGAUAAUGUACGCACCCAGCAAGCAAGGGGAACAGCCCAGCGUGGAGGUUAGCAAAGAAUUUAUGAUGUCCCCUAACAAACUCCAUCUUGAAGCCUCACUGGAUAAAGAGUUAUACUACCAUGGAGAAGAGAUAGCGAUUAACGUUCAUGUUGCCAACAACUCCAACAGAACUGUCAAAAAGAUCAAAGUUUCUGUUCGACAGUUUGCUGACAUUUGUCUGUUUUCUACUGCUCAGUACAAGUGCUGUGUAGCUGAAGUGGAGAGCGAGGAUGGUUGUCCCAUAGGGCCUGGAUUCACAUUAUCUAAAGUCUUCUACUUGAAACCUCUCCUUGCAAACAACAAAGAUAAACGAGGUCUAGCACUCGACGGUCAGUUGAAACAUGAAGACACAAAUCUUGCUUCUUCCACCAUAAUUACAGAUCCACAACAAAAAGAAAACUUGGGUAUUAUUGUGCAAUAUAAAGUCAAGGUGAAGUUAUGUCUGGGCCCACUUGGGGGUGAUGUGGUUGCGGAACUUCCAUUUAUCCUCAUGAACCCUAAACCAGAGGAGCCACAGGGUACUCCUGUUCAUCCGGUGCAAGGCUCGGGGGAACAGAAUGAUAAUGAGACAGUUCCUGUUGAUACCAAUCUCAUUCAACUUGACACUGAGGGAACAAGUGGAUUAUUAGAUCAGGAUGAUGACAUAAUUUUUGAGGAUUUUGCAAGACUUCGGCUGAGAGGAGAAACUGAAGCUUGAAGAUGUGUAACAGAUUACAUUUGAGAGAGAGGACUCUUGUUUCUGAAAACAGUAUUUUCCACUACUUAAGGUUUGUAGUGAACAGAGCAUCAUCAGUGCUUAUCCAGAAACAUUAAACCAAAAUGGAUGAAGAGACAGUUACUUUUUAAAAGUGUCUAGUGGGGUUCUUUAAUAUUAAAUCUUUCUGUUUCAUUCAAGGUUUCUAAUAUUUUAAUGAUAUAAACAAAGGUAUGCACUUAUCUGGAUCCUGAUGUCAAGGAUUUUGUACGAUAAACAUCAAAAUGAAGCAUGAAAAGUUUCGAUCAGUGUAUUCUAAUUGACUAAAACUAUAUUUUAACCCUAUCUGGAUAACAGACAAUUUUCAGGUGUCAAGUACACACCUGCAUAUUAAAUUUAAAAAAAUCUAUGUAAAAAUAAUAUUUCCACUGUAUUUCAGCAAUUUUUUAACUAAAACAUAUUUUAUGAUUAAUAUUUUAUCAUUUUUUAACAUUUAAUUAGUAUAAGUUGGAAAGAAAUAUUAAGGAAAAAAGUUAUAAUUUUCAUUUCUGCAUUCUUCGAUGGGACGGCUGUAAGUUUACGGAGACUUACAAUGAUAAAAUCUGGGGGUUCGAUUCCCCACAAUAGACACAGCAGAUAGCCCAAUGUGGCUUUACUAUAAAACAAACAAAAAUUAAUUUCUGCACAGCUCAGAGGAGUCUCUUGUAAACAGCAUUCAUUGAUUUUUUUUUAGACUUUUUUUUUCUCAUUCUAAUGUAUAGGUUUGUAUUUUCUGAUAAGUUAUCAUCCACACUUUAUUUUCUUUCUCUGUUAGUGAUUUUAUUACUACAGCUCUUUGUUACCACCCUUUUUAAGAUAUCACAGCAUGUGAUAUAAACAAUUACUAAUGAAGUUCAGCCUUGAAAAUAGCUAUAGCCAUCAGUUAAAUAUGAUUGGAUAGAGCAGGUUAUAAACUAUUUACAUCAAUGUAGAGUAAAUAAAGUGGCUUGUGCAGUAAUUUGUGGUUUCUACUUGUUGUGGUGAACAAGAGAAUCAAGUAGGAAUUUUAAAAAAAUUAAGAACAAAUCACAGAUCUGGGGAUUUUCUUAUAGUUCCUUUGAACAUUCUUGUUUGUUUAUGAAAAUGUUUUAUUGUUAGAUUACAUCUAUUCGAAAGAUACAGAAUUUUUAUUCUAUGACAAGACAUCAUGUAAGCUUAGUUAGGUUUAAGAAGUACAGUAGGUGAUGGCAAGAAA